AUGGUUAGAAUAAGAGGGUUAGCUCGUGCCUCAGGUACUGGUAGAGGCAGAGACAUGAGUCAGGAUGCACAUUAUCCUGAAGUUCCUCAACAUAGGCCUACUACUUCAGUACGUAGGCAAUGGGUUCAUGUGACUGAGGACGUUACUCAUACACCUGAGGAUGUGCCUCAGUUGAAUGAGGAUGUUCCUCAUGUGUCUGAUGCUACUCCGGAGAUGACAGGCGCUGUUGAUGCUGCGGACGUAGAGGGAGUGGCUACUGAUGGUAGUGAGGGUUCACUUGCUGUUGAUGAGGGAUUCCCUGGUGGGCCACGUGACCCAUCGAUUUUGGCUGGUUUUGCCGAGCAUGUGGAACAUAGCAUCUGGAGUGGACAGGAACGACCCAAUCUGAAGUUGGUCUCCCAUGGUAGAAAAGUAGAUAAAUUUGGGAGACCAACGCCUGAGAUAGAAAGCAUGAUUGCGGCCACCAGAUUGAGUCCACUGAUCAGGUGUUCGGUAAUCACCACUGAUCCUGGACUUAUAUCCGCCUUCUUCGAGAGGUGGCAUAGGGAGACCAACACCUUCCACUUGCCAGUAGGAGAGUUGACGAUCACUCUAGAUGACGUGGUGUCACUCCUACACCUUCCCAUCACUGGCGCGCUGCAUACCUUCGAGCCGCUGGUUACUUCCGACGCAGUCAUGCUUUUGACGGAGCUGCUUAAGGUCAGCCCUGAGGAGGCUAGAGCUAAGACCCAUCAAGCUGGUGGGCCUCAUGUUUGGUUGUCAUGGCUUCGAGACGUGUACGAGAGCAAGUGCCGGGCCAGACGGUGGGUUGUAGCAGCCCGUGCGUACCUCCUCCACUUGGUCGGUUGCAUUUUUUUCGCUAACAAGAGUGCAACACAUGUUUAUGUCAUGCACCUGGAGGCUUUUAGGGACCUGGCCCAGGCAGGGGGAUUCUCUUGGGGAGCGGUUGCGUUGAUCCACUUGUACGAGUAUCUGAAUGAAGUGUUGCAGACCCCUACACGGCAGAUAACCGGUUACAUUACAUUAUUUCAGUGUUGGAUAUACGAGCACUUUCCGACGGUGCAUCAGUGCGUCGUUGAUGAUGCUUAUGCUGAGGCAAGCCCACAUGCCUCCAGGUGUCUUACGGGUAAGGCUCAUAUGAUGAGGAUCAAGGGAGCCCCAUACCGGGCACCUAUGGAAGCCCUGACUGUCACGAACGUGUCAUGGAUGCCCUAUGCUGAGCACCGGGGAGUUAGGGGCUUCGACCUGAUCUCAUCGUACACGGGCCAACUUAAAUGGGGUCAGAUAGUAGUCUACGUUCGACCAAAGCGGGUGCUUCGAUAG